CGCACUGGGCGCAUCACGCAUCACGCACCACUUGGAUUGAAAAGCUCAAAUAAUAACAGAGAAAAGAAGAUAUGUAAAGAUGUUGUCGACGACGUCGAAAGAUUCAGAAAACAAAGACGGAGAAAAUAGGACUUUAAUUAAGAUCGUAGAACGACCAACGUUUAUCUUGAAAACUCGAGAAGGAGAGAGCAGAGCUGUUUCCCCAAGCCAACGCAAUGGGCACAAAAAGGAUACCGAUAUAUCUUCAGGAGCACCAACGAAAAUACCAGAUUCAAUCCGUAUGUUUUCAACAUGUCCUGAGAUGAGUAGUUGUAUAAAAUUCAUGGAUGAAAAUAUGCAGUUGUGUGAAAAUCCAAUAGAUUAUCUGUGCGACCAACAAGACUUUCUAGUUGUUGGGUGUCUAGGUGCACAAGGUGUUGGGAAAUCAACAAUUAUGUCAUUAUUAACAUCACAUUACUCAUCCAACAUUUUUCAAGUCCAAGAUUUAUCGCAUUAUGAAAAUGAUGCAACAAAUUGCACUGCCGGAAUAGAUUUUUAUAUAAGUAAAAAUAGGAUAAUAUAUUUGGAUACACAACCAAUCCUUUCUGGACUUGUAACUGACUACUCUGUAUGCUUUGAUCAAAAGAAAACCACAACUGAUUUUGUGAAUACCGAUUCCAAUUUGGAGUUACAAUCUCUUCAGUUUGCAGCAUUCUUGUUUUCAGUAUGCCACGUUAUUAUAUUUGUGCAAGAUUGGUUUAUUGAUCCAAAUUUGGUGAGAUUUUUACAAACAGCAGAAAUGUUAAAACCAUCUUCAACAACAAUUAUGGAUCAAGAUUAUGUGGAAUAUUAUCCACAUGUUGUAUUUUUGCAUAACAAAGUAGGACUGCAAGAUUUUAUGCCAAGUAUUAUUGAUCAAAUGAAGGAAUUUUAUAAUAAAGUAUUUUCAAGUUCUCGACUACAAACUCAUAGUGGUAUAGAUAUGAGUCAUUGUUCGACAGAAAAUGGUUUAAAUUUAUUUUUGAUACCUUCAAGAAAAGAAGAAGACAUGAUAUUUUGUGAAAAUGAAAAAUCUCUCAUAGACAAAUUACGGACAAAGAUACAUGGAGUUACCAGGAAUUUAAUGACACCGUCUGUAUUAACAGAAAAAAGCUGGUAUCAUUAUGUUUCAAAAGUCAUGGAGGCGAUAAAGAAAAGCCAUCUAUCUUCUGAAUAUGGAAGACUAAUGCCUUGAAUAUAUAAAAACUAUUUAGAAGGAAUACAGAUUUCAUUCGCCUCGGAAGAUAAUAAAUGAAUGAAUUCUGUACAACAAUUCAGAAUGAGCUCUCUGGAUUCGUUUGCAACUCGGACGUGGGGUAAGAUUUCCUUAAUUAUUUUGUUAAUGGAUGCACGAGGAAGAGUGAGCUCGUCAUCAUCAGUUGGCGACAUCGUAGCCGAGGC